AGCAGCAACAUUCAACAUGGCGGCGAACAGAGCAGGCAAGUCUGCUGUUCUACUGUCCUCUGUUCAUCUCCAGCUCCUGCUCUACCUGACAGCUCUUUACUAUGUCUUCUACUUCCUCUCUACAUUCUGCAUGAUCAUCUACAAGAGUCGUGUGAUGAGCUACCCUGAUGACCUCCUAACCCAGGACGUAGGUCAUGGUCUGCUCUUCUUCAUGGCUUGUCUCAACCUAUUCCGACUCUACUGGGGUGUGAGGGGUAACCUGCAGGAGACGGAGGGUUAUAUGUGGGCUAACCUGGCCAUGACGGUGGCUACGGCCCUGUUGUCCGUCUACUUCCUGGUGUGGCAGCUGUACGUGAUGCAUGCUGACGUCAUCCUCAACGCCAUACUGCUCAGUGUUUACGGACUAGGAGGGGUCCUAGGUCUGGCCACACUGGCUAGAUUCACCAGUGUCUACUCCUGACCCCAUCAAUUAUAGCUGCACUGACAGCACCUCCA